AUAUGAGGUGAUUUCCGAAGAGGUCAAACGGUUGCGAGUGCUGGUGCUAGCCUUUUCCCUGGUAUUUAUUUUUUUGUGAAAAAAGCUAGCGACUUGUUGAAAGUAUUUUUAACAGUCCUUAACUUUGCCUUUUUAUAUCAAUACUCAGACUUUAUAUUUUUGAACUACUGACGUAAAAAAAAGUGACUUAAUUGUGUAGGUUGUUCAAAUUGUUCAUUUAUUGAUUGGUGAAUGUUUGUGACUUCUUGAAAAAGAAUACGUAGAAUAACCCUAGAAAUGGCGCAUGCGCCCUUAUUCAAGUCUUCCCGUCCGGGAAUUGAGAGGGUAAGCAGUGUCCUACGUCGAUCCGUCUUUAAAUGUCAUAUUUUCCUUUUCAUUGGCAUUUUUAUAAACACGAAUAGGUACCUAAAGGAAAAGCAAUAGUCAUGGAAUACAUGUGGUAUAUUCUUUUUAUCAUUAGUUUGUGAUUUUCCACGAAAAUUGCAUGAAAAGUUACCUCUUCAGUGACAGUCUCCGACUCCGUCCGAACCCGGCUCCUCGUGUAAAAAAGUAGGCGCGGUCGCUAGGCUUCAAAUAUACCGGUGUGUGUGGAAGUGGAACCUGACUUGGAAAUUGAAUUGAACUAAGGCGAAGGGGAGAAAAGGACUUUUUCAAGAUGGAAGUUCUUGUUCUUCUCGGACAUAUUCCGGCAUUCCUGAGCAUAUUCCUGACUGUACAGACAUGGUAUUUCAUCUAUGUUAAUUUUCUACCUUUCGUUGGACAGUUACCAUACCUAAAACGGGUGAAUCCAUACAAAGCUUGUCUACGAAUCGGAUACAUUUUGUUGCCAUGGUGUGAAUUUUUGGACGUUAAGAUUCGAGUCCCGGAGUCGGCAGAAGAUGAAGAUAUUGAUUUGGGAGACAGUGAGGAGUCACAAAAAUCUUCAAGUUUCAAUAAUGAGGCCAAGGAUAAUUUAAUAGACAGUGACUUUGAUUAUGCAGAGGAGCAAUUUACGGCUUACAGGAAUUUCUUUGUCAAUUUGUACCGCAUCGUACCAUUCCGAUCAUUAUCCAGGUUAUGGGGUCAAGUAAAUAGUGUUGAGGUACCGCUCUUUCUUCGCGCUCCCAUGUACGGUCUCUAUGCACGACUUUUCAACUGUAACCUAAGUGAGGCACUUGUAGAAGAUUUCAAGCAGUACAAGAAUCUCCAAGAGUUUUUUAUGCGAGAACUCAAGCCGGAUGUAAGGCCAGUAGAUGCACAUCACACAUUGGUGAGCCCUUGUGAUGGUAGGGUCCUCCACUUUGGUAAAGUAGAGAAGAGCAAGCUAGAGCAAGUCAAAGGAGUCACCUACUCUCUCAAAGAAUUCUUAGGACCAAGGUCUACAAUCACAGAUGCUGUAGAUGGCAAGUAUGAGGUAUCUGAUGAGGACUAUCAUUCUUCUCUAUGUCAGAAAGAGGGCACUAGUCUUUAUCAUUGUGUGAUUUACCUAGCACCAGGUGACUACCAUAGGUUCCAUUCACCAACCAACUGGACUGCACAUCAUAGAAGACACUUUCCAGGUGAACUGUUGUCUGUUAAUCCUGGUAUUGCUAGAUGGGUAAGAGGUCUAUUCAACUACAAUGAGAGGGUGUGUAUCACCGGAGAGUGGCAAUAUGGCUUUUUCUCCCUGACUGCCGUUGGCGCCACCAAUGUAGGAUCAAUUGCAUUUUACUGUGAUCAGGAGUUGUGCACGAACCUCACAGGGAAGUACAAACCUGGGAUCUACUUUGACAAGAGUUUGACGUCAUGUCAUAAAGAGAGCAUUGGUCAAGACGGUGUGGUAAUGACCAAAGGAACUGGUAUAGGUACCUUCAACCUAGGUUCAACUAUUGUGCUUGUCUUUGAGGCACCAAAAGACUUUGAGUUUGUAUUCAAUAGCGGAGAUAAGAUCAGGUUAGGAGAGAGACUAGGAUCACUCUGAGGGCAAUCUAACCUUUCUUCAAGGAAAGGUCUAAACAGAACAGUGCUCUUAUACUCCAUCAUCACAGCGGAUCCUGCACUUGACCUGAUGACCACUGAAUUCUGUAAUCCCCAUAUGUUUUGUAUAAGGACUUGCUGGUUCCAGUAUGCAACAGGCUAAAGUCUUCAGCUUGAAUCUUUAGAAGAAAGGUUCACAAAGGAACUGCUGCCAAAUGGGUUAGCUGGUAGAUUUCUAUUUCUUUAUGAUAUGUAUAUAGGAGAUGCUAUUUGAAGGAUUGGUGAAAAGAGAUCAAUGCGAGGAAAUGUAAAGAUUAUUUUUUAUCAGAAAUGGAAUUUACUGGGCAAUUCCAUAAAAUAAUCAAACUUUUUGUACAUCCUACCCCCAUUUUUCUCAAGUUUUACUUCACUUCAUAAACUGACCAGUUCAUGAUCAUUUGAGAGCAUUACAGACUGUCCAAAGAACUAGAAAUCAGAGACAGAAAAUUACAUGAUGGUCCCACAAACAUGGGGUCGGACGUACAUAUUUUAUGAAAUUGCCCUACCGUAUGUUGUAAGUGAUUCUAUGUGAUUUCUUAUUUGUGAAAUUGUUAAAGAGAAAUGCUAAAUAAAUGUUUGUUCUGUCUGGAUUCCUUUUGUUUUAUCUGGGCUUCUAAGGUAUUCCAAACUGCAGUAUUAUCCUAUUCAGGACAAAAAUCCUUUUUUUGUUUGUUAAUGCUUGGCACAAAGACUUAUGAUAAAAAGCCCUACCAAGUACUCUACAUCACACAAAUGAUCUUAAAUUCUAAACAUGAUAUGGACAUUUUGAAUGCGUGAGUAUCAUGUUAGAUGGAGAUAAGCACUGAAAUCCCUUAAUUGGUAAUAGACUGGAAAUGAACAAUUAGCUUUGCAUAUCCUUGAGGAGAGGUGAUAAAGUCUGCCAGUUUUUAAUGUCAGUUGAUAAAGUCCUGAACUGGGCGUUUUGGCAUGUGUAAUCCAAGCCACGUGGGGAAGUUACAAAUUGAUGCAGACGUUUGUGGUUCAAGCCCUGGUCACGUCUAUCAGAUGGUGAUAUAAAUAAUCAUCUGAUUUGUGCACUUCUGAAGAAAAAGAAAAGCUAUUCCACAUAAUAUAUUUGUAGUUUGGAAUAGCCAUUUUCCUUGCCAAAUCUCAUGGUUGUACAUAUUAAUGUAAAGAAAAAUUACUAUCACCUCUUUAAAUAAAGAUUACCAAAAGAGGUAGCAAUGCUGUGAAAGCCAUAUCAUUUGGUUCCUGACUAGUUUACAUUGGUUGGUGGAUUGAAAAUAUAGAAUACUUCAUUAUGACAAGCUCUCUCUGCUUUGUCAUUUUAAUUCCAGUGAAUUUACCAUCUACGCUGAUUCUUCAUUAUGUAAUGCCCAUUGUUCCUUUUUCCAGCAGUAUCUAAACAGUUAAUUGCUGACAUAUUUUGUUGUUUGACCUUAAAUUUUUUUACAUGAUAUGCACUUCAUCAAAUGUCUGAGCUGCAUCUUUUGGAAUUCCCGAAGUGUCUUUUCAGCAUGAUGACACUCCAUUAUAGACUUAAAAUGGGGCUACAAGGAAGAUGUUGAGACUUUUUACAGGAAUCCAGUUAUGAAGUCAUUUCAGCUCCAUUGUCUUCUCUAUCAAGAAUAACGAUGAAAAAAAAAUGUUCUGGGAUUUUUUUUUCUCAAAGUAGACCAGGGGUUCUCAAUUAGUUUUGUUGAAGAUAAGUGCCAUAUUUGGAAGUCUUUACUGCGCUACUAUCCAUCAAGUAUAGCGAGCAAAGCAUUACAUUGUAUAGUGGCUUCAGCAGAACCCCACCCAAAAUUUGUCAAUAUGAUACCUGUUAAUUGUCCCAAAAUUGCUACUUUUAACAUAAGUAAUAUUGAUACAAAUUUAUGUAUGAAUAAAUAUGAAAUAUAUUUAUUUUUCAUAGCGGUAUCCAUGUGUCAUUUUGCAAGGCCUGAUACGCCAUCAGUGGUCCGGUAAUCGCGAAGUGAAAAUUUCUGAAUUAGACCAAAUCGUUAAGAAACCAAGACGUAGUGGCAAUUAUUCCGUAAGGUAUUUGACCACCUUAGCUGGUAUUGAAACAAUUAAUCCUUAGUUGAAAGUAAUUUGCAUUAGUAUGUGAGACAACCUGGCAAUUGAACAAACUGGUAUUACACCAAAUUAUAUUAGACUAAAUAACUAUAAUUUCCCUGCAUCAUUAAUAAAGGGUGACUGGGAUGUACAGAAACAAAAUAGAUCAAAUAGUUAGCAUUCGUCUGAUCUGUUUGACUUUAUUUGAUCAAAUCAACUCUGCUUAUGUAUGUACAUUCAAUGGUAAGACUGUAUAUGGCAAGUAAAAAACAUUGAUUGUGAAGAGUUGAAAGUAUUAUUUACUCACAUUGAAAAAAAGAUGCUUGUUCUCUUGCAUUUAAAAGGGUCUUUAUUGCUGAAUAUAUUUUAUAUUUAAUAAUUCAUGUGUCAGAUGCUAAAGCAUCACCAUUCUUAUUAAGUUUGACUGUUAAUUGAAUGCAAAUGUUCUUCUGCUCUCUAUUAUAUCAUUAAACAAUUGAGAUUGACCAAGUCAUAUAUUGAAUAUUAUAGCAAACAAACUGAAUUGAUAUAAAAUAUACUGUCUUCAAUAUGUUUGGCUUUUUUUCGGAAAUGUUUGUUAAUAAAAUUCUAGAAAUAAGAACGAAAUUACAUGUAUAGAAAAAGGUGAACAAUCUCUGUACUAUUUUGUCAGUACUGGGGCCCGUUGCAGAAAGAGUUGCGAUCAAACGCAACUCAAAUCUUGUGCAACUAGAUUUUCUGCCAAUGAAGCACUCGUAUUUGGGACUUGCGCUUGAUAUUUUGACUUGCGUUUAAACGCAACUUUUUCUGCAAUGAUCCUUGUACUUAGCAAGAGAUCAAUGUCCAGAAGUGAAUAUCUUGGGUUUCUUCCACAAAGAGUCGAGUGCAAUUUAGUCAUGCAAAGCACCAAUGUGGUGAUAUAUUGAUGGUUAACUGUACCCAACUGGGAAUUAUAAUGCGACUUGACUCUUUAUGACUUCCUUCUACCCCUAUAGAUCAUUGUAGACUAGACAGAAUAAUUCAGGCGUUAAUUAAUCAAGGAAAUGAUCUUAGUACCACAUCCUGCAAAUAUCUAUAGCAAUCAUGGUAUAGUCACUAUAAUUAACCUUUGUUGUGGUCUAGUGGUUGAUUGUUGUCUUUCAAUCGAGGGACGUAGGUUCAAUUCUAAGCCAUGGCAUGUUUUCUGUCUGCAAGAAAUUUAGUCACAUUGUGCUGUACUCAACCCAGUUGAGGUGAAUGGGUACCUGGUAGGAAAUUUAUAACUUGGCAUGCAGUGCGGGUAACAGCUGCUUUGCCAAAGCCAGGGUAAUUCUGGAUUCGUGAUAGUGCUUAGAGACUUCUGAUAAAGAAAGCACUAUACAGUGCGUCCCACAAAAAACGAAACCGAGAUUUAUCGAUGAUUUAUCAUAACUUAAUCACAAAUACAAUAGACAAAUGACCUACCAUUGUAAAGCUUAGAAUCUCUUCUUUCAUCUGGAAUUACUUAGAUUAUUUCUCAUUCACGCAUGAGUAAUAAAAAUUAAGAGGUUCUACAGGCUAGCGUUCAAACUCACUUGACAAUCCGUUUUGUUGACGAUCAGCCAUGCAUAAAGUCUUUUGUUAACCAUGCGAUAGCUUCUGUGGGAAACCGGUGAAAACAGUUUAUUUAAUGAAAUUAUGGAAAUGCAAGCAUUGUUUCAAGGGAACAUAACUUUUUUACUUCUUGACCAUUUUUUGUGAUUGAGGUAUCAAAUAAAAGCAGAUAUUGAACUUUUUAGGCAUGUGAUUUUCUUUUUGAAAUUCAGAUACCCCCCGCCAAAUGAGUUUUUGGUAUCCUUUCUUCAAAUUGUUUUGCUCACUCAUGCGUGAAUGAGGAAUAAUCUAAGUAAUAUCAGAUGAAAGAGGAGAUUCUAAGCUUUACAUUGGUAGGUCAUUUGUCUAUUGUAUUUGUGAUUAAGUUAUGAUAAAUCAUCGCUUAAUCUCGGUUUCGUUUUUUGUAGGACGCACUGUAUAAGCAAUUAUUAUUAUUUAUUUGGCGUUGGGGGUGUAUUCAUCAUAAUGUUUAACAUCUGUAGAUGUUGGUAGAGGUUGUAUACUCUGCAAUGCUUAACCUAUGCUUAAAGCAAGUCAAAUUUAUUACCAACCCUGAAUGUGGAUUCCUGUCUGUUUCACACAUUUGUUUGCUUUACUGAACGCUGUAUUGAAUGGGCAAUUGUGAUUAUCUGUCCUUUUAUUUCCUUUCUAGUUUUUGAAUGAAUUAUUCCAAUGUUGUAUAAAGCCCAGUCCGUGGUCAUAAAGAACUGUGAUUUGCCAUACAAUGGAGCUAAAUCAAAUAAAGGAAAAUGAAAUAAAA